GCCUUCUUUUUUGCUUUCCCCUUCCCCAAAGCUGGUGCGGUCUCUCCGUCUCGUGUGCGAUCUCCCCCAAUCCAAUUCCAAUCCGCCGCGGAAGAAGCGAUCGACAGGCGCUCGCGAGGAUGAUCUACCGCAACUGGUCCCUGCUCUCCUCCACGGUGGUCAUCUGGGGCAGCGUCGGCGCCGCCGGCCUCGCCGGGAUCUUCCUCUUCGGCGGCAAGGAGAAAUUCCAGGGCUAUCUUUCUCGCGAAGGCGAGAGGCUGAGGCAGCAGGACAGAGCCAUGAUGGGCAAGAACUAGUGCAGAGCACGGCUCACUUUCGACGUGUCAACAUGUGAACUAGACAUGUAACGACGUAUCUCUGUGCUGUAGAACAAACUUUCUCUGCCUGCCAAUGGCACCUUUUGCUUCCGGCCCCCAUGAAUAAUCUUGACGCGGAUGUUCAUUCUGUUCCCCAUGAAUAUUCUCGACGCCGAUGUUUGCUCUGUUCCCUUUGGUAGCCUGCUGUUUGUCGACUUUGUUCUGGCGCUCUGAAUAAGAUUUGAUACUGAUAUACCAUCGCUGUUGAGUCGCAA